CCCCUCCCCGGGGGAUAAAGACCUGGGCGGGCCAAGACCUGGGAUCUUUGUCUUGCUCCCAGCCCUCCAGAGCCCCUUCGACCCUCCACCAUGAGGCUGCUCCUGUCGCUUCCGGUCCUAGCGGGGGUCCUGCUGAUGCUUCUGGAAGGCCCUGCCCCUGCGCAGGCGGCCCCAGACUUCUCCAGCACCCUGGAGGAGAUUCAGAGCAAACUAAAGACGUUUGGGAGCUCUGUCAGCGAGAAGACCCGGGCCAUAGUGGAUAAAAUCAAGGAGAAAGAAAUUACUACCAAGGCCAGGAACUGGUUUUUGGAUACAGUCACUAAGCUAAAGGAGAAACUCAACAUUAAAGAUUGAAUGCUGGGAGGCCAGUCCCUAAUCCUCUGUAGCCAGGAGGGCUCUGAGGACUUGAUGCAGGACACCCCAGGUAUCCCCCCAAACUCCACCAAUAAAAGUCCUACAGAGA